UCAGUAAUGUUGAAUUUCACAGAUUUUUACAACAACAAAACACAAGUAUCUGUUCAGAACAGCAAACUUCUAGAACUCAGGAUUAUGAUUCUGACACCAAACCUGAUCAGUUUCUGCUGUUUUCUUUACAUCGUUGCAAUCAUGCUAAAUGUCUUCUUCACCACACCCCAUGUCAGAGACAAUGCUCGCUAUAUACUCUUUGCCCAUAUGAUUAUCAAUGAUUUAAUUUAUCUAGUUAUUGCAAUCUCUCUUUUCCUGUUAGGUUUAUUCCUAGUUACUGUCCCUGUUACAGUUUGCUACUUUGUACUUAUUAUUUCCUCCUCAUCGUUCAAGGUGACUCCAUUUAACCUGGCUGUCAUGUCUCUAGAACGUUAUGUUGCCAUCUGUAUUCCACUACGGCAUGCUGAGUUUUGCACCAAACAGAGAACUGGUAAUAUGAUUGCCAUCAUAUGGAUUAUGGGGCUAAUUCCUCAAAUUGCUGAUUUUAUUAUUCUGACUUCUUCAGUUCAUAUGGACUAUUUUUCUCAAUCCGACUACUGCAGUAGGUCCAUCUUUUUGAAUACGGAAAGUCAAAAUAUGUUAAGGUCUGCAAUGCAUGCAAUGACCUUUUCUCUGGUGGCUUUGGUCAUUGUGUUUACCUAUGUCAGGAUUAUGCUGGUUGCUAAAAAGAUUGACUCUGCUAAAGGUUCAGCCUCUAAAGCCAGUAAAACAGUUAUGCUACACGCUAUCCAACUCUUAUUGUGCUUGUUGGCAUUUACCUACCCCAUUACAGAGACAUAUCUCAAGGGAUAUAUGUUUCCCAUUAUCAACUUCUCUCUCUUCAUGUGUCUUCCACGAUUUAUCAGUCCUCUAAUCUACGGGAUAAGGGAUGACGCGUUUCGCACUUGUAUAACACGAUAUGUAUUCUGUAGAUCUGUAAAGAUAAAUGUUGACCAGUUUACACACUAA